AUGAAAUUCCGUUAUUCGAUCCUGCUUCUGCCAAUCCUCCUCGCAGUCUUGGCGGUGGUUUCAGUCGCGGAGACCACUCCCUCCGCCUACGACCGCGUGUUGUUUCCUGACCGGCGGUGCCAGAGGAUGGUGUCGGAGAACAGCACACGGCGCGGCCCGACGGCGGCGGCAGAGGCGGAGGCGGAGUGUGAGGUGUGGAGCGAGGCGUGUUCGAAGGCGGUGCUGAGCUUGGCGCGGCGGUUGGAGAUGGCGGAGUGGCUGAGAGGGAUUCGGCGGAAGAUCCACGCGAAUCCUGAGUUGGCGUUUGAGGAAAUCGAGACGAGUCGUUUGGUGAGAGAGGAGUUGGAUCUGUUGGAAGUUAGUUAUCGGUACCCUCUCGCGAAGACCGGUAUUCGAGCCUGGAUCGGCACCGGUGGUCCGCCUUUUGUUGCCAUCAGAGCUGACAUGGACGCACUUCCCAUCCAGGUUUCCUACUUCUCCCUCUCUUCCUUCCACCAUCCACUACUUUUUAUUCUUCCAAUUUCUCCUUAUGAAGCUGUGGAGUGGGAGCACAAGUCUAAAGUUGCCGGCAAAAUGCAUGCUUGUGGGCACGACGCACAUGUGGCUAUGCUUAUUGGCGCUGCCAAGAUCUUGAAAACUCGAGAGCAUUUAUUAAAGGGAACUGUAAUUUUGAUAUUCCAGCCAGCAGAGGAAGCUGGUAAUGGAGCAAAACGAAUGAUGCAAGAUGGGGCUUUAGAGGAUGUGGAGGCAAUCUUUGCAGUUCAUGUAUCCCAUGAACAUCCCACUGGUAUAAUUGGGUCGCGGCCUGGACCUCUCCUUGCUGGUUGUGGGUUUUUCAGAGCUGUCAUUAGUGGCAAAAAGGGUUUUGCCGCCAAUCCUCAUCGUUCUGUUGAUCCAGUUUUGGCUGCUUCAGCUUCUGUUAUCAGCCUACAGGGUAUUGUUUCCCGCGAAUCAAAUCCUCUAGAUUCUCAGGUUGUAUCUGUAACUUUGCUUAAUGGAGGCAACAAUCUUGACAUGAUACCAGACACGGUGGUCCUCGGUGGGACUUUCAGAGCUUUCUCUAACACCAGCUUUUACCAGCUACGGGAAAGAAUAGAACAGGUUAUUGUUGAACAAGCAAGUGUGUAUAGAUGUUCAGCAGAAGUUGACUUCUUUGAAAACGAGUACACUAUUUAUCCUCCCACAGUGAAUGAUGAUCGAAUGUAUGAGCAUGUGAAGAAGGUGUCCAUAGAUUUGCUGGGUCAGAAGAAUUUCAGGGUAGUUCCACCUAUGAUGGGUGCUGAAGAUUUCUCUUUCUACUCCGAGGUGGUUCCCUCAGCUUUCUUCUACAUAGGGAUAAAGAAUGAAACACUAGGGUCUACUCAUACGGGACACUCCCCAUAUUUCAUGAUUGAUGAAGACGUUCUACCAAUAGGUGCUGCUGCUCAUGCUACCAUUGCAGAGAGGUACCUCAUUGAACAUGGCUCAUGA